CGCGUAGAUAGUUUUGGAUUUGCGUUUUAUGGCUCCUGUUCUCCCGAGCUGAGAGCGCAGGGCGAGCCGCAUCCAUGGCGUCAGCUGCGACACUCCCGAAGCUUCGGUUGGUGCCAAGAUGCCGCAGCCACUUCCAGGCGAUCGAUCCGGUCCAUGCCCAUGUCAAGAACUGCAAUGCUUGCAAGUGUCAGAUACCUACCCAUGGGUUGCUUGUUUCCAGCGCGAGAAGAAGUCGUCCUGUCCUGCCGGUGUCGGCAGUUGGAUCAGGCCGGGACUCAUCGGUUGCUGAAGGCGAGAGAAAGAGUGACCUGUCUCUGCAGAACGUCAAGACAUCGGUUGUGUCACGCGACGAUGAAGAGAUCAAUGUAAGAGUGGAUUUGCCUGGAAAGGUGACACAAAAGGUGUUUGAUGAAGCCUUGACAAGCUUGGCUCGUGAUGCACCGCCAGUUCCAGGUUUUAGGAAGUCCAAAGGAGGGAGAACAUCAAAUAUACCAAGCAGCAUUCUCCUGCAAAUGCUUGGCAAAAGCCGGGUUACCAAGUUCGUUCUUCAGGAAAUACUCAGCAUAACUGUUGGUGAUUUUGUGAAGAAGGAAAACCUGAAGGUGAACCCUGAAAUCAAGACAACUCAGUCAGAAGAAGAGCUCGAGUCAUCGUUUAUACCGGGUUCAGCAUUCAGUUUCAAUGUCACUCUGCAGCUUGAGAAGCCUGAGUCUGGUGAAGCUUCUGAGAAGUCUGAAUCUGAUGAGGCUUCUGAGAAGUCUGAAUCUGACGAGGCUUCUGAGGAGUCUUCUUAGUAGUUCAGACUUCAGAGAAGAAUGCAUUUGUAAUUUUGUAUCAUUCCUAUUCUCUGGAGAAUGUACAUCAAAAGAAGAGCAAGAGAACAAUUUCAGAUGAGACAUUACAGUUGAUAUGCAGGUUUCAAGUGACA